UCGCAGGCCAGAAGCCGUCUUUACCAGAUACGUUUGUCUGUCACAGCUCAUUACAGUCAUUAGUGCACGACAGUUGAAGUUCAAGGAAAGCAUUGUGAAACACAACGCUUUGUUUUUCGCAGGUGAGGUCGCAAGCUCUCGCGCCGCAGUGUGGGCGCGCCGCUCACCCGAGCUCAGUUAGAGUCCGGCCCCGCCGUCGCUCGCACGAACCUCUCCGCCGCACAAGCGCAACGAACGACUUCAAAAUGGCCACAGGUCCGAAGAUAGUACACAAGCAAUUCAACUCGCCCAUCGGCUUGUACUCCCAACAAAAUAUUAAGGAGACACUUAACAAGCACCUGCAGAACCUCGACAACGGCACUGUUGGUAUUGACUUUAACAACCCUGUAACCGACAAGCCGGCAAAUCUUGCCAAUUCAGCCGUUCUGCGUAUGCUCGAGGAAGAAGAACGAAACCGGAAAGGUUUACCAAAAUUAGACCCCACCCAAAUCCAGGCGAUAUUGGAGAAUCUCGUUUACACCAAGCGAAGAUUUGACCAGGUGUGGCCGCCUAAAAAGACGAAAUCCGACCGUUGUUGGAACGGCCAAGUCAACUCUACGUCAUAUAUUUACUCAGAGCUAAUGAAGGCUACUAAAGGCCAAAAGAAAGUAGUGUGGCCCCCAGCGCCUGAAACAAACGGAUAUCACCAGCAGCAGCAGAGUCCUGCAAACUACAACAACGCACAGCAUUCUCCGUCCCAGCAACAAUUUUCCCCACAGCAACAAUAUUCUCCACAACCUCAGCAACAACCUCAAUACCACGCUCAAUAUCAACCUCCCCAAGUCCAACCCCAAAACCAGUAUCCUCAGUCUUACCAAGCGGCUCAGUCGCAACCUGCUCAUUGUGAAGGACGGCGUCAAGAAGCCACAGGGCUAAGUAAGCUGAUCCCUGUGGGGCCAGGUGUAACCGCUUCCCCAGUCGCCCCGUCUUAUCGCCAGGGUCCACUAUCGCCUAGCGCGCAACCUUACCGGCAACAACAGAGCCGCUGGGCACCCGUUCCGGCCCCCACUUCCCCCCAGCCUCAAUACAAUCAACCACAGUAUUCGCCGCAAGCGCAAUACUCACCACAGCCGCAGUACUCUGAGCCUGUGUACCAACCACAACAGAAACCCUUUGAGCCACCACCGACAACCAUAACAUUGCGCCCGCAACCUCCCGUACACCAACAACCUUCGCCGGUAUUUGCUAGCCAACCCGCUACAGCUUCGUUCAAAGGAGGUAUAAACAUGCGUGGGGACCAGAAGUGGCCGCCACAAUCUGUGAAAGAGGCAGUGGCUGCAGAAAAUGAGGCGAGGAGACAACUCGCGAAAGGACCUGCUUGCAGACCACGCAAGGUGAAAAGGGACUACUCAUCCUUCUUCUCGCAACAUGCCUUAAACCACAGUUACACCAGCUACCGCGUCCCACCAGGCACACAACACAUUGACUGCCAGUCAGGACAAUCCUCUUAUUAAAAUAGAAUGUACCUAUAGGGAUAUGUUCAUUUGUUGUCACAGAAAAGCUCACUAACACCGUCCCUAUGGUAUGGUGCUAAUGUUAGUUCUCUCUAAUCAUGAUUCGAAUUUCAUUUGUCUAUAAUCAAAUUAAACUAAAAUAAAAAAGAACACAUUAGUCAAUAGAAAUUCGAAUAUCAUCAUCAGUGUCAUCUUCAUGUUUAAAAAUGGCUGUCCUAACACGGACAUCAAGUUUAAGUACUUGUAAAGGCUUUUGUGUAUUAAAGUCUUCGUGCAUGUGCUUGAUUGGAUAAAACCACAAUCAGUACAUAAUAUAGGUAUUAUUUAUUUUAUAUACAUAUUAAUCAUUAUGUAGCUUGUAAGGUAAGGUAAUUGUAAAAAAAUACCGUAUCGCGCUUAAAUUUGUCAUUAUCUCACUUUAAUUUUAAAUUAAUAAUGUAACGAUCAAUGUGAAUGUACACACCAUGCAUGUGCGGCUUUAAAAAUGCGAACAUUUGCGAAUUUAAGCUUUUUUUAACCAAUUUCCUUAAAUUUUCUGUAACAAUGAUUUUAAAAAUAGCCUCGGAAUUAUUUCUCUAUUGUUACUAAGACCGUCAAAGUUGACUCAAGGUUUUUGUGUUUGGCUAAGCUUUAUGUGUAUGCACCUAGUCAACAUGAAAUCUGAAUUAAUGUGUAAAUAAAUAGUUCAAUUUAAUCUAUUUUUAAUGCAAAGUGUCAUUUAUAUUUUAUUUAAUAAACAUUAUUAAAGCCAA